AAGUCUCAGUAAAAAUCCAAUUUUAAUGGUUUUCAUGUCUGUGCAGGUCUUGAUAACAUCCAUGAGUUGACACGACUUCAGAACCAUGAACUGAUGGUCGACAUGGAGGACUUUGAAGGAAACAAAAAGUUUGCCCUUUACUCCUCAUUUAAAGUCGAUGCUGAGUGUGACGGUUACAUGCUGCAUGUGAGUGGUUUCAACAACAAAGGGGGCGCUGGAGACAGCCUUGCCUCUCACAACGGACAGAAAUUUUCCACCUUUGACAAAGACCAGGACAAGUGGAACGAAAACAACUGUGCCAAAAGAUAUCUGGGUGCUUUCUGGUACAAUAAUUGUCACCAUACAAACCCUAAUGGGGUUUAUCUCUGGGGGGCUGACAAGACUUACUAUGCUAUUGGAGUGGAAUGGUAUUUCUGGAAGGGAUUUGAUUACUCCCUGAAGAGCAUCAGCAUGAAGAUUCGUCCUGCCAAGUAAAUCUGCAGGUCAAACAUCCAGCAUAAAUAAUGAGUUGCUUUUUCUUGUAAUCAAUCAUCACAUUUUGGCUUC